AUGCUAACCAAACCAUCCAUUGCACAGCCCUUCAAAUCCUUCCUGAUAAACCCGUCAUGGCUGAUCGCCUCGGCCCUCCCGGACGAACUCUACCCUUGCGCCACGUCGUCCACGGGUACAAAAUCCCCAGCAGCCUACAAAAUCACACUGAUAGUCCACCCGUCCGCCGUGCGCGUCUCGUACUCGACAGUCUCCACGACGGUGCCGGCCCUGCUCUCAACCCUGGACCCGGACUUCGUCCUCCACAUCGGCAUGGCCGGUGGGCGGGACUGCUACAGCUUGGAGACACGCGCGCACAGAGACAACUACCGCAUCAAAGACGUGGAUGACGCGGACGGGCUGACGUGCGGCGAGCAGCGGUGGCGGCGGGAGAACGUCCCGGACGUGCUGUACGUGGGGUGGGAGGAAGGGGACGUGCUGAGACGGUGGGAAGAGGGCGUGAACAGGGGCCUGGCGGAACGGGGGUUCUUGGGUAAAGCCGAGAUGGACAGUACGCAGACCCAGAAUGGACGCUCACCUGAACCCGACGCCCGUUCUGUACUCGGACUGCCACGCACUCACGGCCAUGGCCCGGUCCAUCUCAUGUGGGGCACGAGCAAUGUGCCCGCGAGCGCGACCAAGGCGGACGAACAUCGACGGAAGGCCGUGGUCAAGCUGUCGGCGGACGCGGGCCGGUUUCUGUGCGAGUACGCCCUGUUUGAGAGUCUGAGUCGGCGGUGGCUGGACGCGCGGGGAGCGGAGGAAGACCAAGACAGAAGCCCGGCAGUGGCGGAGGCGGCGAUGGGUGCGUCGGCAUCGGCAUCGGCAUCUGCCUCUGCCAUUGCGCAACGGGGCGAGCUCGCGCGCGAACGGCUGGGCAAGGUCGCGUUCCUGCACGUACCGGGCUGGACGGGCGUCGAGGACAUCAACCGCGGAGUCAUGGUCGCCGAGGAAGCCAUCCGCGCGCUUGUGGGCAGUUGGGAGGAUGGGUAUCGAAGGAACGGCAGGGUCGAGGUCGCGGCCAAGGCGUAUACGAAGCAGCAUUCGGAGGACAAGGGCAAGGUCGCCGCGAACUGGAAGGCUUGA